GCGUUAAACCCUUUAGUGCUAGUGUGAUGGGAACAAGCUAUGAUCCCAUAGCAGUAUGUGUAAUUAUAUUAAUUAUAUUUGUGGUGUCUACUUGAGUAGCUGCGGUGCUGACAGCGUUUGUAUCAAAGCAGUCGAUUAGAUUAUAAGCAAAGGUGCUGAAGUUCAGGCGUGUCCAAUGGAAUCCUCUUGGCUAAAGGUGUCAUGCUUGCUGUGCGUUUUUGGAUUUCUGAGAGAAAUUCGCCCAUCAGAGCCGUAUCAUGCGGAGAUUCUGUUAAGCGAUUGGUAUAAUGUAACACAGGAGGAGGUGAAUCGAUCAGUUUAUCCCAUUGGCACAUACUCUUAUCUGGCGCUAUUAAUUGUUGUAUUUCUCAUCACCGAUUUUCUAAGGUACAAACCGCUAAUUAUCGCUAAUGCAUUUACUGGCAUUUUAAUCUGGAGUGGGCUGAUAUGGACAAAAACGCUUUUGGGUAUGCAAAUUGUAGAAGUCUUUUAUGGCUUCUAUCAGGCAAUGGAGGUUGCCUAUUAUACGUAUAUCUACGCCAAAGUUGAGAAAAAGUAUUAUCCACGAGUUACCUCCCAUACAAGAGCGGCCAUGCUUGUUGGCAAAUUGUUUGCCGGAUUGCUGGCACAAGUCUUGAUAAGCUUUCAGUGGAUGGACUUUAGGCAAUUGUUGUACAUAUCAGCAGGCUCACAAGUGCUUGCUCUCCUCUGGUCGUUUCUUCUGCCAAAUGUUAAGCAGAGCAUAUAUUUUCAUCAUCAGUUUGAUGUAAAUCUAGAAAUUGCUGAGAACCCUGCAUCGCAAAAUGGCAUAGAGAGCACUAAUGCAAAAUCUUCAGUUGCUCAAGACACUGCUAAGCCAUUGCAACUGCUGUGGUCACAUUUCUGCAGUGCCUACUCGAAUUCAUUAGUCUUACAAUGGAGCAUGUGGUAUGCAAUAGGCUUGGCUGGUUAUCUACAGGUUACCACAUACAUGCAAGUUGCCUGGAAAUCAUUUGAAAACGAACCUGAUGUUGUUUGGAAUGGUGCAAUAGACGUAGCUUUUACAGCAUUGGCUGCUCUGUUCUCCUUAUUAGCAGGCUAUUUGCAUGCUGGUCGCUUAAAAUCACGCACCAGCUUAUUAUCUUUGGCUCUUCUAUCUGCUCUCGAAGGUGGCUGCAUUCUAUUGUCGUCCUGGACAAGCAACAUAUACUUAUCGUAUCUAGGCUAUGUGCUGUUUGGCGCUCUGUAUGGCUUUACAAUUACUGUAUCAAGCGCGGAGUUGGCAAGCUGCUUGGUGGAGGAUAGCUUUGCCCUAAUCUUUGGAAUAAAUACUCUUAUUGCACUAGCCUUGCAAUCAAUGCUAACAGUCGUUGUGGUAUCUGAAACUGGAGGACUUAACCUGAACACUUUUGAACAGUUCACGGCCUACGCAUUUUAUUUUAUAAUAUGUGGUCUUGUGUAUUUUAUAGCCGUCAUUGUGCAAUGCUGUUUUAAUCGUUCUCAAAGUAGUAAGCGCCACGAAACAGAAUAAAUAAUAUAAAUUGGUAUAACCCUAAGUUAAACAUAGCAAGCAUUGACUUGUCAAGUAAACUUUGCCGAGGAAUAUUUUAUUAACAUUCAUUCAUAUAUAUGCCUUAUCAGCAGUCGCACUGUUUUAUAUUUUAAAUUUGUUUGCUAAAUCUUUCGGCCUAAACCAAAGCUUUGUCUAACUUUUCGAUGCAAAAUCAAAACCGAAGAAUGAACGGCCUGCAGGUGCUAACAGGCAAUAGCCAACAGAUGCCAAGAGGCCAUAGCCAACAGAUGCCAAGAGGCAAUAGCCAACAGAUGCCAACAGGCAAUAGCCUCAUUAUUUAUGGCGAUGGACUUAUUCUUGGCGGUGGCUCGUAUCCUGCUGCAGAUUUGCAGCUUGCAGGUUUGCAAAUGCAACCAGCUCCUCCGCCUCAAGAGCAACGCUUGCAGCCACAGCAUUUGCGGCACUUACCCCAAGAGCAACCUGUCAAUGCUAGAGCACCAGGCAGACAGUCGCAGCGAAUUCAGCAACAGCCACCAUUCAUGCAACAGCAGCAGCAACAACAACAACAGCGACUCCAACCGUAUAAUCCUUAUGGCAAUCAGCAAUUCAGCGGCAUGAAUCCAGUACAACCAAAUUUUAAUGGCGGUGGUACCUGUAAUGUCCACAACGGCUACAAGCCAGUUACGGGCCCACAGGCAGAAGUAUAUAAUUACGGCAACAUGCCCUUGAAAGGUUAUUUGGGCAUGUGGCCAGGUUAUACUCAAUUACCACCAGUAGAUCCGAGCAAACCAUUUGGCUUUGGCUUUGGUGCAGCCGAUUAGAGUCAAAAGCAGAAGUAGGAUUAAAUUAUUGUUUAUUAGUGAAGAUAAAUAUUUAAUUAUUUAUUGAAUAAAAGAUUUGAUUGAGUAAA